CAUAAGCUUAGUCAAUGCAGUUCUACAAAGUGCAAACUGGCUUCUGGCUAGAACAUGUUUCUCCAUCCAGGGCUCCAUUUGCCAUCACCUGUCAUGCACACACAGAUCAGGAGCUCAGACAAAAAAAUCACUUCUUUAAUACCUACCUGAUGCACCACGAUCUCAUUUUCCUUAUGAGCAACAAGCACAAUUUAUAAGCCAGGCUUGGAAGUCAUUCCUUCAUUUAGCAUCAAGCGUAACUCCAAAAGAAGUAUAUACUUUGGUGUGUAGUUUUACAUUUUGUAACAAGGCCAAGUAUUAACUGUGUUUCUUAAAACCCACGAGAGCUCAGUGAAUCCUCAUCCUGUACAAAGCGAAAAGACCUGCAAGUAUGACAGAUCCGCUACCAGACGCAACGAGCAUGUUCAAGGUCCACAGGGUAAGCCAGGACACCUGCCUCUCAAAGUAACGCCUUGGGAGAUGUGAGCAGUCAAAACCCCGCGGCAAUCAGCCGGUAACUCACGUUAUACCAAAAUGCUUCAGUGUUACUUAUUUUUUAACAAAGAGACACAUGUCAAGCGCCAGGGAAAGCAGCAAAUUUUGCAUAUAAUUCAGGGGAUUCACAGAAGCAAUGUAUCAGUGCUAUCUUAAGCAAAGAUGUGAUCAAUGUUGACUUGAUCUCCUAGUCCACAAAACCUCAGGUCACCUUCAAUGAGCUUGGACUUGGCAGUGGAUUCUCAGAUACGGUACCAAAUGCAUGAACAACAGAAGAAGAACAGACAAAUUGGACUUUAGCCAAACUGCAAACUUUGUACACCCAAGGACAUUAUUAAGAAAGUGAACAGACAACCUCCAGAAUGGGAGAAAGGAUGCGCACAUCAUCUACGUGAUCACUGUUUACUGUCUGUAACAGAGAAAGAACUCCGGUCAUGUUGGACAGGGGCCCACCUUCCUCCAACUCGUCGACAAAAAGAUAGCCCAGUUUAAAAACGGGCAAAGGACUUCAAGCGACAUUUCUCCACAGAAGAUAUACAGCUGACCAACAUGCACGUGAAGCCAUGCUCAACGUCAGUAAUCAUUAGGGAGAUGCAAACCAAAACCAUAAUGAGAAACUACCUCACGUCCACUCAGAGGGCUGCUAUCACAAAACCAGAAAAUAACAAGGGCUGCAAAGGAGGAGAGAAACUGGAAGCCUUGCACAUCGUUGGCGAAAACGUCAAAAUGCUAGAGCGGCUCCGGAAUACAGUUUGGUGGCUUCUCAAAAAUUAAAUGUAGAAUCACCGGAUGAUCCAGUAAUUUCACUUCCUGGCAUAAACCCAAAAGAACUGAAAGCAGGGACUCGAAGAGAUAUCUGUAAACUAACGUUCCUCGCAGCAUUAGUCCCAACGGCCAAAAGGUGGAAACGACAUGAGUUUCCAGGCCAUGACUGCUCUCCCCAGAAAGAAACCACCGCCUCCCGACGCCGACCCCGCCGGCGAGCCGCCGCCGCCCGGGCCGCUGCGCCCGGCGCCUCGCCGCGGCGGGGGUGUAGGCGUGGGCGGCGGCCAUCGCGACCGCGACUCGGGCGUCGUUGGCGCCCGUCCUCGCGCCUCGCCACCGCCUCAGGGCCCGCUCCCGGGGCCACCGGGUGCCCUCCGUCGCUGGGCGCUGGCCGCGCCGCCUGGCGCCGUGGCGGGCCCAAGGCCACAGCAGGCCUCUCCUCCUCCUUGGGGGCCCGGCGGUCCCGGCGGCGGUGCCAGGGACGCGUUGGGUGCCACGGCGACGGGCGUGGGCGCGGGCGCGGCGGGCAUGGUGGUGGGCGCGGGCGGCAGCUGCUCUGGGCCGGGUCACGGCAAGCGGCGGCGGCCAGCCCCUGGGCUUGGCGCGGCCAGUCCUGAGCGGGAGGAGGUCGGCGCAGGUUACAACAGUGCGGACGAGUAUGAAGCGGCCGCAGCGCGCCUCGAGGCCGCGGACCCCGCCGCCGUCGAGCAGCAGGAGCACUCGUUUGCAAAGGCCCUGCGAGACGAGAAGGGCUUCAUCAUCAAGCAGAUGAAGGAGGACGGCGCCUGUCUCUUCCGGGCUGUAGCUGACCAGGUGUAUGGAGACCAGGACAUGCACGGGGUUGUGCGAAAGCACUGCAUGGGCUAUCUGAUGCAGAAUGCCGACUACUUCUCUAACUAUGUCACGGAGGACUUUACCGCCUACAUCAACCGGAAGCGGAAAAACAACUGCCACGGCAACCACGUUGAGAUGCAGGCCAUGGCAGAGAUGUACAACCGGCCCGUGGAGGUGUACCAGUACAGCACGGCACCCAUCAACACGUUCCACGGGAUCCACCAAAAUGAGGAUGAACCCAUCCGUGUCAGCUACCAUCGGAACAUCCACUACAAUUCGGUGGUGGAUCCCAACAAGGCCACCAUUGGCGUGGGGCUGGGCCUGCCGUCAUUCAAACCGGGGUUUGCAGAGCAGUCCCUGAUGAAGAAUGCCAUAGAAACAUCGGAGGAGGCGUGGAUUGAACAGCAGAUGCUGGAAGACAAGAAGCGGGCCACAGACUGGGAGGCCACAAAUGAGGCCAUUGAGGAGCAGGUGGCUCGGGAGUCCUACCUGCAGUGGCUGAGGGAUCAGGAGAAGCAGGCUCGCCAAGUCCGUGGCCCCAGCCAGCCCGGGAAAGACAGCGCCACGUGCAGCUCUGCCACAGCGGCAGCCUCCAGUGGUCUGGAGGAGUGGACCAGCCGGUCCCCACGGCGGGGGAGUUCAGCCUCGUCCCCCGAGCGCCCUGAGCUGCACGCCGAGCUGGGCAUCAAGCCCCCUUCCCCACGCACUGUCUCAGCUCUCGCCAAACCUCCUUCACCCCGGGCACCAGGUACGAGCAGCCAGUUCCCGACAGGGGCCGACCGGGCAACUUCUCCCCUCGUGUCCCUCUACCCUGCUCUGGAGUGCCGGGCCCUCAUUCAGCAGAUGUCCCCCUCUGCCUUUGGCCUGAACGACUGGGAUGAUGAUGAGACCCUAGCGUCGGUGCUGGCAGUGUCCCAACAGGAACACCUAGACAGUGUGAAGAGAAACCAAGUGCACAGAGACCCAGCCCCAGACAAGAGUUGAUGGAGACCCGGAGACUGGAGACCAUCUCCCAACCCCCACACUCCUGCCCUCUGGUGCCACCCCACCUUCUCUGGCUUUCUUCCCUCUCUCCCCUCCUUUCACUCCUCCCCACUUCCCUCUGGCUAGCCCACCCCUGCGCACCCUCUCAUCACUGCUUCCACCAUCAUCACCUGUCUCUUCGCCAGCUGACGUGUCCUGUGGCCCCCUGCACAGCACCAUCCCUGCAUUCCGCGGGGGACUCGGGCAAGGGUGCUGAAGGUAGGCGAGAGGCACACAGAGACAAACCAGCUGGCAGCCAGGCAGCCCCUGAGGAGAGACAUUCAGACAGAGGAAAGUCUCCCUGUCCCCGAUUCCUUCCAAGAUCAGACACUUGUCACCCCACCACAAGUGAUGCCGGGGAGGUGGGAAGAAGAAGUGGGAAAAUCCCCUUCCCAGUACCCCAAGAAUGUCUGAGCCUUCAAUGUUGGUCUUUUACUUUAGUAAAAUGUACUUGUAUCUUAUAAAAUCAACCAAUCAAAAAAAGAAAAUGAGUAUCCAUCAAGAGCUAAACAAAAUGUGGUAUAAACAUACAGUAGAAUAUUAUUCAGUUAUAAAAAAAAAAAAAGCAAUGAAGUUCUGAUACACAUCACAACGUGGAUGAACCCCUAAAACAUUAAGUGAAACGAGCCAGACAAAAAGGGACAGAUAUUGUAUCAUUCAAGUUAUAUAAAAUAUCUAGAAUAGGCAAAUUCAUAGAGACAGAAACUUCAGCGGUUACCAGGGGCUGGGGGGCGGACGGAUGCCGAAUUACUGCUUGAUGGGUACAGAGUUUCUGUUUAGAGUGAUGAAAAAGUUUUGGAAACAGGUAAUGGUGAGAGUUGCACAACAGUGUGAACGUGCUUAAUGCACUGAAUUGUGCACCUAAAAAUGGUUAAAAUGGCAAAUUUUAGGAUAUAUAUUCUUAUAUAAGUAUAUACAUACGUAUAUAAAUAAUCACAAUUAAAAACAUAACUCACGUCUUCUAACAUCUCAAACCAAAUUCCCUUUGGCUUCUUGGGUGUGUACAUUGUUACCAGCACUGAGGAGAGCUGCACACACACCCCCACAAUCAGAAAAUGAACACA